GCUCGGAAUCCGUCUGCUUUGAGCAAUCACGACGUUGAUAGUACUGGAAAGCGGAAACACAGGCACCGACGCUGAACCAACGACCGCCCACAUGACGUCCGAGCCUUUGAUGAUGGAAACCGAGACGGGUCCAGCAACCGGAUCCGAUUUCAAUCCUGCAGCACUCGCCGCGCACCUAGGCGGUGGCUCCACGAAAAGCCAUACGAAUGCCCCGCUGUGGUGCAUUCUUAUCGUGGGUCAGCUCGCAAUUUUGGCUGUCAUUAUUGUGCCUAGCAGCACGCUUUUCGUGACGAACGCGUAUAGUACGGUUGAACAGAAUGCAGAUGUCAUUUUAGAUUUGACGAUUUCCAAGUCAUUAAACGAAAUCUCUGCCACGUUAAAUACCAGCUACAUCGUAGCUCAUAACUUUGGAAAACGGCCAAGCACCACGGCGGUGAUUUUGAAUGCUUUGGCAGGCGCCAGCUUGGAGGAACAAGUGACCCUUAAACAAGACUGGCCCCGCGAGCUUGCGAAUACUUUGGUAGAUCAUGCCAACAUCGCAACCAUUGCGUGCUUUGGAAACGGAGGACCGACUCCGCCUUUCGUUGUGCAAGUGGCCAUGGACAAAUGGGAGUUCCCCAUCACUCCCGCGAGCAUCGGCACCACUUAUCCCACCAUACCAGCCGAUUACUACAGCCGAAGAUUCUUCACUUACGACUUCAUGGACAGUCGAACUCCCGCAGUCACAUCUUCCCGCUUCCCCGGUGAGGUCGCGCCUGGCAACCAAGUGUACUACAUGCAUAACCUGGACGCAAAAGCCACACUAUUCUCGCCGACGCUCCAGGCCGCAUUGCAGAACAGCUCGGUCAUAAACGCAAAGUUUCAAUACUACUUCCAAUCGCCCGAUCCCGCCUUUCCGCAGCUCUGGGCGUAUCCUCCGGGGUUGCCAUAUAACUAUUCUGCCGAUCCGGGGUAUCAGUACAUGCAAGCUGCAUCGAGAGAGGGCGCAAGGAAGUGGACGGUGAACGGCUUGAGCAAUACUCUCUAUGGGACUGUCAUGACGAACUUGUAUGCCUUCAACGGGAGUCAGGCGUCUAUCCCUUCGCACAUGUGUGAGGCGGGCGGAUCCAUUGCUGAUUCCCUCAACCCGCUCCUGGAAGCUUCCGUGCCGUCUGACAAUGGUCUCAUAUUUGUGUUUGAUACCACGCCGGCGGCCGAAACAGUGCCACCCUUGAAGCCUGGUCCCCUGAUUGCGUCGUCCGUCAAAGACUCCGCCUUUAGAACCAUCCUUCGACCGCCUUCCAGAGUGUUCGAAAGAUGUGAGUUGGCUUCUGCAUGCUUCAUGGGCGGUGCGGUGCAUGCAACCAAACUUAUCCGUUCAGUUUACACCACGCCACUCAGUCAUCGUACAAAGCUCGCCGGACCCACGCAUAUCCCAAAUUGGCAACUUCCUCGCAGCACAGAACCCCGCCCUGACUCUGACAGGUCGAAAUAAAUACCAAGCCAAACUCAACGGCACGACGUGGUAUCUCGCGACGCAGGAGCUCCGUCCGGACGACGCGGGCACUCUCUGGCAAGUCGUGGUCGCCUUCCCUCGAAGCGACUUCUUCCACGGCAUCGACUCGUCCAUCCGCCUGAGCAUCAUCGUCAUCGCCGUCCUCACUUCUGUCGGGCUGAUAUUCAUCCUCA